CGCUGGAGGCUGGUGAUGGACACGUUGGGUAGACGAGCAGAUGCAGAGCUAUACCCGUGUCGUGGUGUGUGGAGAGGCCCUCUUGGUGUGGUGCUAGUGAUCCAACCAUCACAUUUUAGUCUUAAUUGAGAAAUGUGUUUAUUGUGAGGGCAAAAAACUGUAUUGUGGAUACUAUAUUUAUAUAGUGGUAAAUUGUGUCUGUGGUGUUAAUCACGUUUACAGUAGUGCCCUUUGACGAUAGAAACAGCUAACGAGUCGAUCAGUGGCGAAGAGGAUAAAAAGUAAAAAGGAUGCUAUGUGAAUUCACUUAAACGUCUUUAGUAUAUUAUUUUAUCGUAUGUUCAAGACGUUAUUUUUUUCAAUAACUAGUCCCCAGACGGUUUAUUUUCACAGGUAUAUCAACAAAUGUAAAUCGCUCGAUACGUUAAUUAAAGGGACGUGUCCCUUCAUUAUGGGUCUGGAUAGGUGAUGCCUAGACUUGUAUUGUCGUCACAAGCUACAGGUUCUUAAAUAUUAAUUAAAACGAUGGCCUUCCAUUAUUACUUUAUGAUAAGAGUAUGAAAGAAGACUGCCUUCAUUCAAAAUAUAAAGUUUAAAAUAUCAACACGAUCAGCUGAUACACUACAGUUCUAGAGUGACAUUGCAUUAUCAUGAAAAUGAUACACUGUCGGGUACGCCACCGGCCCAGGACCUCGACCAUAAGUGUGGUGAUGUGUUUAGUGAUGUGGGCGGUACUGGGGCUGGUACAGGAGCAGCAGAAGGCGGUGAUGUCACAGGAAAGUUACCUGCAAGUUGCGUGGCAUAACUCUAUGGACACUAAGCUCCCCCUCCCGGAGACUAAUCCCGAGGUCAUCCACCCUGACAUACAGGACGACACGGAGUAUCCGGAAUGGAGUCCCAGGCGACUCCAGCAGCUGCUGGAGUCGCCCACCACCUUCUGCAGACGGUUAACCAAUCUUGGGGGAAAAAUCCGGUGUAAAGACUGCCACACCUGUGUCAUCGACGGCAACAAGUACAUCUGCUUCGACCCUGACGUGAGACCAGUGCCAGGGAACUGUUUGGUGUACUCCUUCGGCGUAGGGAAUGAGAUGUCAUUUGACUCAGCCAUGCUCCACCUCAACUGCUCCAUCUUCGCCUUCGACAUGACUCUCAUGAACUCCAGCAACUCAAUGAUUGCCGAAGGCCUUCAUUUCCUUGAUCUCGGUAUCGCCAGCAUUAACUCUGACGACACCGUGAACAUGACUGCAGCAGGCGGCGAUAAAACACAGUGGGAAUCAAGAAACGCUCACUUCAGGACGCUGGAGGUCAUCAGGGACAUUCUGGGCCACAAAAACCGACCCAUAGACAUCCUGAAGCUAGACAUCGAGAAUAUGGAGUGGAAGGUGUUGGGGGACAUACUCAGUACCCCAGAGAAGUCACGGGUCAUACAGGACGUGAGACAAAUUGCCCUCGAGAUCCACCUAGACGGGUUAAGGAACUCAACAGCGUGGGAACGUGUGGUGGCUGCCAGGGAGAUGGAGGAUGUUCUGGAGCGCCUUCACUCACACGGCUUCCAUCUGGUUCACACAGAGCUUAAUACUGCCCAUCAGGUGUACGCAGAGGUGCGAGGACAAGUGUUGCCGCUUUACCGGGAGUCCCUCUUCAUUCGUCGACCAUGACUCCCUAGCAAAUACUCCUGCUGCUGUGCCCGUCUCCUUGUCGACUGUAACUACUACCAAUACCGCUCACCGCCUCCCGCCUCUACCGUGUACAUAACUGAUAAUGCAUUUUACAAAAAGUGAAUUUUGUUUCUUUAUCAAUAAAAUGCUAUAAUAUAAGUUGGGUGAACAAGGAAUGAAUGUGAAUUGGGA